AUGGAAACUAAAACACACCCGGCUCUCGCGGUCUCGAACAUCAAGACUCACAUCCCCAUCACGCUGGAAAACGACUCAGCCGACUACACCACCUGGUCCACUCUCUUUCAGGUUCAGUGCAGGGUGUUUGAAGUCCUUGACCACCUCAGCCCACCGGCUGCAGCCGCAACCUCCUCCACCACCGAUCCCAAAAAAAAAGCGGUUGAAGCCGCCGAAUCUGCUAUUUGGAAGCGCAUUGAUGCGGUUGUCCUUCAAUGGAUUUACGCGACUAUCUCCCACGCUCUUCUCCACAUCAUCCUCACUCCCGGACAAACGGCAUACGAGGCAUGGACAGCCCUGCAGAACCAGUUUAAUGACAACAAAACCACUCGGGCUAUAUUUCUUGGCCAGGAAUUCGCACAUCUCGGCCUCGAUGGUUUCUCCUCUCUGUCCGAGUACUGUCAACGGGCCAAACAUCUGGCUGAUCAACUAAAGGCAGUUGGUUCUCCUGUUGAUGAUAAGAUGUUGGUGAUUAAGAUUUUAACAGGUCGCACGGAACAAUAUGAUAGCAUCUCAACCGUGUUACAGAAUUGCGACCUGCUUCCAGAUUUUAAUGAGGUACGAUCACGUCUCACUAUGGAAGAAGAUAAGAAGAAGCGUCAAACCGCCCGCGCAGCCCAACAUUCCACCACUGCACUCACGACUUCUAUCUCCUCACCAUCACAAAGUUCGCCUCAAACGCCAAACUACUACACUACUUCGAAUCGCGGUCGUGGUCGCUCACGCGGACGCGGUCGUGGUCGUGGCCGCAACUAUAAUAACCGUGGCCAACAAUCCAACAAUCCAUCUCAUCCAUACAUUGUGUUCCCAAGUAACUGGACCGCCAAUCAAUGGGCCUCACUUCUGAAUGGUUCCUCCUCUCCAUCGGCCCAAACAGCACCACCUUGCCCAUAUCCCUCCAAACCGAACACUCCUAGUCCGAACUCGCAGGCAUACUCGGACCCCGACCCGACCAAGACGGUUCCGCGACAUACACACCUACGGAUACUGAGCAGGCAUUUUACACCAUGGCCCUGA